UUUUUUCUUCUGAAAUAUGCAUUGAUUGUCACCUUAUAUAGUUGGACUUUUUAUUUCAAGAACAAAUGAUCACCUGUUACAAAAGACUGAAUACAACUUAAAAAAAUGAAAAUGGAACCGAGGACAAUAUUCAAUUGUGUUGGGGGGUAAACGUCCAGAAAUAUGGACGUAAUUCCACAAACACCUUACGAACGACUUGCACCACUGCGAAAUGAUUACAACAAGCGAUUACGGACAUUUGAACACCGGUGGCCCAGUGGCGUACCGGUCACUCCCCAAGCAUUGGCUCAGGACGGAUUUUAUUACACGGGACUUGAUGACAAGGUACAAUGUACUCAUUGUGGGGGGAUCCUCAGUGGGUGGUGCGAGGGCGACGUCGUGACCAUCGAACACAGACAGCACUUCCCUAACUGUCCCUGGGUGCGACAAGGAGGCAUGCACAAUGGCUACACUCCAACUUCUCCCCUGCCUUCUAAUAUGGCAAAUUUAUCAGGAUUUAGUGUCAGUCAACAGACACCUUCAGGUGAAAAUUUUAACUUUCGAUACGAGUCGUCCCACGGACCUACCGACGUUCCUGGUGUCACUCGACCUAAAUUUCAGAAUUAUACCAUGGAAGCUGCGAGGAAAGCUUCGUUUACAGGAUGGCCAACGCAGAUCACACAAAGACCUGAAGUUCUCUCUAAAGCAGGAUUUUUUUAUUUGGGUGAGGGGGACAAAUGUAAAUGUUUUUACUGUGGGGGGAUUUUGUGGGACUGGGAGCCAGGGGACGACCCCUGGGUGGAGCACGCCAAAUGGUUCCCAGACUGUCCCUGGAUCAAACUGGCCAAGGGAGACCAGUUUAUUCAACAAGUACAGGAGGAAAUGAACAGAAUGCAGAUUGAUGACGAAGUUAGCCAUGGUCCCAUAGCCCAAGAGACUAGUGUUAAAGAAGUUGAUCCCUCCCCAUCUUCGGUAUCAGAUUAUGCAGCUUCAGGCCCCUCUUCUUCCGCAGCAGCAGGGGCCAGUAAAAUACCUGCAGCUGAGUCAGCGGCAGCGGGAACCAGUAAAACGGAAGAACCCUCGGAUAAAGAGAAAAAACUGAAAGAAAUAUUAGAGGAGAAUCGGAACCUAAAAGAACAGAAGCUGUGUAAGAUUUGUCUGGACGAGGAGGUGGGGGUGUUAUUUGAACCCUGCGGACACAUCUGUUGUUGUGCCAGCUGUGCUGCCCCGCUACAACAAUGUCCGAUAUGUCGAAAACCCAUCCAAAAAUCACUCAAGGCUUUUAUCUCAUAAGAUUAUAACACAUCAUAUUGCAUAUUUUAUUGUAUAUUUAUAAAAAAUACAGUAAAACACACUUAUAGGGAAAAUGCUUUCAAUGAACAGAUGCUUAUAGACACAUAUAGAAGUGAUCUUCAUUCACCUUGAUUUUAUAAUAUAUAUCAUAAAUUUAUUGGAUAUAAUGAAUGAUGCUCAAGCAAGAUCGUCUAUCCCUGGCAUAUCACUAUACUUGUGUUUUACUGUAUACACAAGAUGGAGAAAGAGAGAAGAUUCAUCUUGUCAGUUUUAUAUUGUAUAUGGGGACAUUUUAACCGCCCACACCCUUCUAGUUUUUCGCCUUAUCCACACUAUUGAUGGUUUUCCUAUGAAAUAUUUUGCCGCGGAGUUAUUCCCCUUAGCCGCCAUCUUGUAGGGCAAAGUAAUGAAUUUUCCUCUUUGAGCUACCAAUUUUAAACAUGCAUGCCAGAAAUACAAGGGGGAAAAUAUUUACAGUCUUGGAAUUAUGAACCAAAAGAGGCUUUAGCAAUAUAUAUAUCCAUAUAGUGUUAUCAUUACCUCAGUAACCAUUAUAACAAAUUGAACUUAGUUGAAUAUUGAAGGAAUCUUGGAAUGUUAACCUACAAUAUGGCAGCUAUGGGGAAUAAUUCUUGCUUAAAUCACCUCAAUGGAAAACCAUUUAUUAACCUUUGCAUGAUUCACAAUAGAAAAUCUCUGAGUGCAGUGCAUUUUCAGACAUUGGUGCAUACUUUUUUUAAAUGCCUUCUUAUUCCAUGGUGUAAACAUUUUCCUUUCUUAAAAAAGGGAUAUAUUUUAAUGAGCAGCUACUAUGUUUGAAUUUUGUUAUGUUUUUUUAUAUCUGUUAUGGCUGUGAAUUUUCUCAGGGUUAUCUUUAGUAAGUAAAUCUAAAAUUUAAUUUGUCUGGUUUUGACUGGAAACUAAACUGCUUGCUUUUCAAAAUUGAAUACCCUAGGUAUUUCAUGGUAUUACAAAUAAUCUUGUUAAAAACAGAACUUUAAAGAUAUCCCUCCAUUUUUGUUAUUUUUGCAAGUUUGUUGAUUUAUUUCAUUACUCAAGCUUCAUUUUAAGCCUUCCAUGUUGACGGCCU